CAGCAGCAACAGCAGCAGCAGCAAGUUGCCCCCAGUUUGUUAUGAAAUAAUUACCUUGAAGACUAAAAAGAAGAAGAUGGCUGCUGAUAUAUUUCCUCGUAAAAAGCCAGCUAACUCCAGCAGCACCUCUGUCCAGCAGUACCACCAGCAGAAUCUCAGUAACAACAACCUUAUCCCGGCCCCAAAUUGGCAGGGUCUUUAUCCCACAAUUAGAGAAAGAAAUGCGGUGAUGUUCAAUAAUGAUUUGAUGGCAGAUGUACAUUUUGUGGUUGGGCCACCAGGUGGGACUCAGCGGUUGCCUGGACACAAAUAUGUUUUAGCUGUUGGGAGCUCUGUGUUCCAUGCAAUGUUUUACGGAGAACUUGCUGAGGACAAAGAUGAAAUCCGUAUACCAGAUGUCGAACCUGCUGCUUUUCUCGCUAUGCUGAAAUACAUCUAUUGUGAUGAAAUUGACUUGGCUGCUGACACGGUGCUGGCCACACUUUAUGCUGCCAAAAAAUACAUUGUCCCUCACCUUGCCAGAGCCUGCGUUAAUUUCCUGGAGACCAGUCUGAGCGCCAAGAACGCAUGUGUGCUCCUCUCCCAGAGCUGUCUGUUUGAGGAGCCAGACCUUACCCAGCGUUGCUGGGAGGUAAUCGAUGCCCAGGCUGAGUUAGCGCUCAAGUCUGAGGGCUUCUGUGAUAUCGACUUCCAGACUCUAGAAAGUAUCCUUCGCAGGGAAACUCUGAAUGCCAAAGAAAUUGUGGUUUUUGAGGCAGCUCUCAACUGGGCUGAAGUAGAAUGCCAGCGACAAGACCUAGCCUUGAGCAUUGAAAACAAGCGUAAGGUCCUAGGGAAGGCCCUGUAUUUGAUCCGCAUACCCACGAUGGCCCUCGACGAUUUUGCAAAUGGUGCUGCACAGUCCGGAGUAUUGACUCUUAAUGAGACCAAUGACAUCUUCCUUUGGUACACUGCGGCCAAAAAGCCCGAGUUGCAGUUUGUGAGUAAAGCCCGUAAGGGCCUUGUCCCCCAACGCUGUCACCGUUUCCAGUCUUGUGCCUAUCGGAGCAACCAGUGGCGCUACCGGGGUCGCUGUGACAGCAUCCAGUUCGCAGUCGACAAAAGAGUGUUCAUCGCUGGCUUUGGGCUCUAUGGUUCUAGCUGUGGCUCUGCAGAAUACAGUGCCAAGAUUGAACUCAAGCGGCAGGGCGUUGUCCUGGGGCAGAACUUAAGCAAGUACUUCUCAGAUGGCUCCAGCAAUACCUUCCCCGUAUGGUUUGAGUACCCUGUGCAGAUCGAGCCAGAUACCUUCUACACGGCCAGCGUGAUACUGGACGGCAACGAACUCAGCUACUUUGGACAGGAAGGCAUGACAGAAGUUCAGUGUGGCAAAGUGACUGUCCAGUUUCAGUGCUCCUCAGAUAGCACCAAUGGCACUGGGGUACAGGGAGGGCAGAUCCCCGAACUUAUAUUCUAUGCUUGAAAACCCACUUCCCAAAGCCACGUGAGCUGCGAGGUGCAUAUCUGGUCCCCACUUGCUUGAUGCUUAGCUCCUUUGCAGAUAUGUGGUCAGCGCAGGUAAUUUGUAAUGAUGAAGAUAGGCAUUUUCUAAUUUCUUUUAACCUUUUAGUUAUGUACAGGCAAAAAUGAAGCAUUCCGCUUUUUAACUACAUGCUUAAGAGAGCCAAGUUCUUACUAAGGCUUUGUGGUUUUUAGAGUUGGGUCUGUACAUCUGGGGAGAGUCUGUGCUCUUCCAAGUGCCCUACCUACUUUCCAGUUUUGCCCCUCUGAAGAAAAUUUUGAAUCACCUCAAAUUUCCUUUUGGAAUUUAUUUGAUGAAUAGAAAUAAACAGUCUAAGAUAAUGACAAAAGUUAUUUUUAAAUGGAACCCUUUCCCCCUAGAAAGACACUUAAACCUCAUGUACAAUUUUGAAGUAAGUUUUACUUUGUUAUAAGUAAUAAUUUAGAAAAUAGAGGGUAGUCAUGUUCAGUUAUUUUAUUCCUUUUAAAUUUGUUGUUUAUGGGCUUUGCUUUUUUUAUUUUUUAAGUCCUAAAUUCAUGAGAUUGUUACAUAUUAAACACGUCAGAGUGUCCAUGUAAAGUAGGAAAAUAAGAAAUUGCAUAUGUGUUUAGGUCUUGACCUCUGCUACAAGCAGAUUUAUAUUCUUUUAAUUCAGAAGACAAAAUAUUGCAGCUUGGGCACUCCUUUAUACAUAACUAAAUUAUAAAAUUUUAUUGAAAAAUUUUUAAAAAGUUUGCAGACUUACUAAUUUAAGUUAAAACAAUUUUUAAAAGAUGCCUCAAAAGUCCCAUACCAUGAAUAGUUUAAUUGAUGGCACAUUAGAAUACAGUUUGACAAAGCCAGACUGCUUUUUUCAACACUUAACUUUUGAUCCCCACUAUUGGCUUGUUUUUCUAAAUUGUACUGUAUGAAAUUCCUAAUCCCUUUCUCCCCAUUUCAAGAGGACCAAACAAUUCUUUAAAGGAGUGGAGUAGCAAUUAGUUUUGUAACAUUACACAUUAAUGUGAUGAGAUACUUUUGUUGUUCGUUUGUUUGUUUUUUUAGUCUGAAAUAUGCUUUACCUGAUCUAUUUGAUCAUACACUAUCUUUGUUAAUUAUAAUUCUGUCUUGUUUCUGGACUGCUAGAAUCUGGCCUCUGGCCACCUUAAAGUGCCAAUAUUUGCCUGCAGAGCUUAAAGAAAUGAUUUGGAGCAACGCACUUGAUCAUACCUAAUAUUCACUGCUUCAGCAUCACAUCCACCUCUCUAUUUGUUCACAGAUAAUGUAAACAAAGGAGGGAAAAGCUCAUGAAAAAAUUCUCCUUCAGUGAUGGCUCGUGUUGGUUUAGUGCCUGUGCUCUGGUGGUGUCCAGCGUGCUCACCGCCAGUUCAACUAUCCAUGUGUUCCUGGGCAGCUUUUCUGCUCAGUGUGAUCCUGAGAUGGCUCCCCCCGCCACCCAGAGUGUGGUCCCUGGCCGCCUCCUUCUCCUGCCCUGCAGGCCUGAAAUUGGCUUGUAUGGAGCCAGGAGUUAGUCCUGGGGUGUGUGUGUGUGUGUGUGCCUGCGCACCCAUGUGCAAGCAAGUGCGUUUGCCUACUCAGGAAUUGUCUCCUCCCUGCCUGGCUGGGGAGAGGUGGGACAGAAACGGUCCCCCUGCUGACCGACCCCAGCAAGGCCCAAUGAGUGAUUGCCCUUACCUUUCGCUGUGUUUCUGGGCCACUUUCCCUGAGGACAUGGGCUUGUUGCCUUCAUCCGUCUUCCCUGAUGGAGGAGAACACUGGAUUGUGGGAAAUGUUUUAAUCAGUUUUGCCAUUACCUAUGUCUGUUAGUACAGAUGAUCAAAAGCUGUUACUGGUGAUUAUAGAUGAGUACUCCCAGGACAGCUUUCCUAAAUGAUCUGACCAUCAGCUCUUACUAGGAAGAUGAUAAAUAGUUUGGCAAAGCAUCGAUGAAAUACAGGUACAUUUUUAAUUAAGAAAAUACUUCUACAAGAAAUCUGUUUUAAAAUUAUUAUUAAACAUUUCGAAACUACCAUGCAGAUUGGUAGACUUGACUAGAAAGAAGGCACAUGUUUGUAAGAAAAAGGAGAAGACACUAUUUAGCACUGAUUUCAUCCUAUGAGAUUGUUGGGGUGGGUAUAUUAAUUAGCCUUAGCAUAAAGCACAUUUAUUCACUAACCCUCACUGUCAGUGAUCCUGUUAGCCAGCUGCCUUCCAUGUGGCUAGGGUCCUACUGGGUAAAAACUGCAUGAGAUCCUGUAUGCUGGCUUAGAAAAACUUACAUUUUUGUUCAUUACUGUUACUUUAAAAGAAAAAAAAAAAGAAAGACUCAUGCAUCAUCUCAUUGGCUGGUACUGAGAACUGAGGGUAAAAUUUGAAAAUUGUAUUUAGAAUAAGAAAUGUUCUAUUUCAAAUCCUGUUUUUUCCCCCUGCAUUUUCAACAAAAUGGAAUGAAGCCCAAUAAGCUUGCUCUAUUUUCUUUGGUAAUCUUAAUUUGGUAGCUUUUAAAACUAGAAACCAUUGUUCUGACAAGGCAGGCAACUCUAGUGUAUAAACACAACUUUAUUAAUCAGAAUACGCUGUAGAUGCUUUUCCCAAUGUAUCUGGCAGUCUUUGUCAUUGUUCAUGCUGGGGAUAAACGGGAUCUAGGCUAGCAGUUCUAAUGUAACAUUCUUUAAGCAUAUCUUAAAAUAGUAUUUAAGUAAAUGGUCUAAUUUCUACAUAAUUAUUGCACUGAACUGUCUUUUUGUUUUUUAAGUUGUUUAAAUAAGCUCAGCUAAUUCAAGACACUGUAGCCACUUGCACAUCAGCGUGCUUGAAUUUAGUAGCUUACAGCAUUAUUUAUGAAGGAAAACUAUAUAAAUAUGAAGUACCUCAUGUUGAAUGUUAUUGUACUGUAUUUUUAAUGUAACAGUGCAGAUCUUGUUAGACACAUGAAUGUGUAUAAUCAUGUUAAAUGCAAAUAAAAUAAAACUGGUUCUUA